UUUUAAAUUUGCCGCGUUUUUUGAUUAUCGGUUAAGCACAGAUGCGCACGCAGUUACGAAUGCUUGAAGAAGGGAUCCAGGUCUAAACUAAAGGCUGGAAUACAAUAUCCUAACCUUACUGUGUAUAAAAUACUUGAUAAAGAUUUUCAUUUGCGACUAAGAGUAAAAAAAAAAAAAUAUUUGACCAUGUCGGAAGAGGAUAAGAAAAUUGACGAUUCAAAACAACCUAUUUUUUUGAAUUUGAGUGCUGAUAAUCCAGAAACAGUUGUAACUGAAAGUUUAUGUGGCAAUUGUCUUAAAAAUGGUGAAACUCGUAUGUUGUUGACUAAAAUUCCUCAUUACAAAGAAGUUGUUUUAAUGUCGUUUAAUUGUCCUCAUUGUGGAAAUGAAAACAAUGAAAUACAAAAAUCUGGGAUAAUAAGCGAUAAAGGAAUAAAAAUAAAACUUACAAUAACAACAGAAAAAGACCUGAAUCGCCAAGUUGUUAAAUCAGAUUAUACGAGUAUUAAAAUUCCUAAAUUAGAUUUUGAAAUUCCGGCUAAGUCUCAAAAAGGCGAGAUAACUACUGUUGAGGGAAUAAUUGACAGAAGCAUUGAAGGCUUAGAGCAAGACCAGCCGAGAAGACGUGAAGAAAAUCCCGAAAUAGCUAUUGAUAUCGAUCUCUUUCUUGCCAAGUUACGUGGGCUUAAAGUUAUCGAUGAGCCAUUUGAUAUUAUCUUUGAAGAUAUUUCAGGAGAAGUUUAUGUUGAAAAUCCAAAUGCUCCACACCCAGACAGAAAUUGUAAAAUUUCUCAUUUCGUAAGAUCUCAAGCACAAGAUAAUUUAUUAGGAAUUUAUUCAGAGUAUAACAAUGAACUAUUGAAACCUGUUGGCAAAGAUGAAUUUACGUAUGAAGAUAUGCAAAAUGAAGUUCUACAAUUUCCAACUAAUUGUCCUGAGUGUAGCUGCCCAUGUAGUACAAACAUGAAAGUAACUAAAAUACCACACUUCAAGGAAGUCGUAAUAAUGGCAACGAAUUGCGACUCAUGUGGUCACCGGACUAAUGAGGUCAAGAGCGGUAGUGGAAUUGAACCCGAAGGUGUGAGAAUAGAAAUCUUAGUAAAUGGUAAAGAUGAUUUUGGUCGUGACGUUUUAAAGUCAGAUACCUGUUCCAUGGAAAUACCAGAGCUUGAUUUAGAAGUUGGUCCAGCAGCGUUGGGGGGACGUUUUACUACGGUCGAAGGAAUUAUUGCUGCGACCAGAGAACAAUUGUCAUGCGGGUCGGCAUUUGGCGAUAGUAAAGAUUCCGAGGCUGUUAAGCGAAUGGAUGAUUUUAUUGCUGAAUUAGAUAAGGUGUUGAAUGGUGAACGUAAGGUUACUAUCAUUCUUGAUGAUCCUGCAGGGAAUAGUUAUAUUCAGAGUCUUGCUGAUGUUGGUUGUGAUGAGAGACUUAAAAUUGAAAAGUAUACCAGGAAUGAGGAACAAAAUGAGGAGCUGGGAUUAAAUGACAUGAAGGUCGAGAAUUAUUGAUACUUUAGUUAAACAGACUGAUUUAUUUUUUUUAAAUUAAUUUUUAACAGUAAAAAUAUAUUUUUUAAAAUUGCAAAUUAGUCGUCAUCUUCAUGUCUGUAAAAAAUGAAUAAAAUAACCAUCAAUAUA